CAGCUAUAGCGCCAUGUACACUAUGAAGGCGUUGGUACUCCUAUCGUUCCUUUUGGGUCUUGGUUUUGCCGUUCCAAACGGCAGCGGGCGAUUGAAAGGUGAACCGGAGGUACCAGAUGAGAACACAGGCGCGUCCUCCUGCUGUGGACACGUCAGUGCGCACCUGACCAACUUGGAGAGUACCAUCCAAGCACAACAGGCUGAGAUCGACGCGUGCCUGUCGUUGCAGACCACUGUUCUGGGUCUCACGAACACCGUUAACAGCUUGGAAAAUCGCCUGACCCAAGCUGAAGCCUCGGUGCUGGCGGCCACUACGGACCCCGACCUGGGCUCUGAACUCAACCCCGCGAACUCCUGCCUCCAAAUCAAACAGAACAACCCCUCCAGCCAAGACGGCGCCUACUUCCUCGUCGGGAAAGACGGAACCGUCUACCAGACCUACUGCGACAUGACCACGGCCGGAGGCGGCUGGACGCUGGUCUCCAGCGUGCACGAGGACGACAUGUACGGCAAGUGUACGGCCGGGGAUCGAUGGUCCAGCACCCGCGGGAACAGCGUCAACUACGCCGAGGGAGACGGCAACUGGGCCAACGUGCACACCUUCGGCUCCAUGGGGUCGGCCACUACCGACGACUACAAGAACCCAGGUUACUUCAGCAUCAGCGCCUCCAACGUCAUGCUAUGGCAUGUGCCGAACAACGUACCCGCCAAGGACUACAAAACCACAGCCUACCUGCGUUACCGCACGCAAGACGGGUUUCUAGACAGCUACGGCGGCAACCUCUACACACUGUUCAAAGAUCACUACCCGAUCGGGUACGGCCUCGGCACGUACACCCACGACAACGGACCGGCAAUUCCCAUUCUGUACGAGCAAGGCGACGAUGAUAAGGUGGUGUCUCUGUUGUCUCCUGGAGCGGUCGCUAGUCAACAGGCUAUCCCCGGGUAUGUGCAGUUUCGCGUUUUUAAUGGAGAAGGUGCGUGCAGUGCAGUUUGUCCGGGGAUAGCUUUCAAUGGUCCAGACUGUGAGAACGCCUGCAUCGGUGGUGGAGGUUACUGGCCCCAAGCUGACCCAAAGCAGUGUGGGGACUUCAGCUCUAAGGACUGGGCUGGCUACGGUACCUACACAGGCUGGAGCACCAACAGGCUGGCAAUAGAGUCUGUCAUCAUGUUCUUCUACCGCUGAAGAAAACACAGGCAACAUAAGCAUGAAAUAUCGACCCGAAAAUACCUUGGACUGGCAUUUCACCCAUGCACACAUUUUACUUUCUUUACAUUGGUCUUAGUCCAGUAUCUUAGCGAGCCUUU